AUGUCGGAGGUCGAUUCCGGCGCGUGCCUAGUCAUUUUAUCGGCCAACCGGGGAGAGGAUGCCAGAGCCGCUUUGCCUCACCAACAGAUGAAGUCCGGGACACCGCAUUACCCAGUCGAUCGAUACUUGGUCGAGAGCAGCAACAGGAUUGAAAUGGUCAACAUCGACGACGAGACGUGGAAAUCGGAGCCGGCCAUACGGCCGGAGGACGAGGCCGUGCUGAGGACACUACGCGAGAUGCUGCAAUCGACCGCGGACGAGCUCAGGCUGAUCUCGGGGGAGCUGAAGCGGGAGCCGAGGGUGCGGUUCGGAGCCACGCCCACCCUGGACCAGGAGUUCAACGAGAGGCUCCACGUGGAGGAGAUCGUGGACGCCAAGUUCCACGGGUGCAGGAUCGUCAGACCGCCGCACACGAGGACUGAAGAUAUCAGGGAAGUGAACGCGAGACCAACGAAGCCAUCUGCGACCGCCAACGCGUCGGUACAGGUGAAUCGAACGCCAGCCGCCAAGAAAGCGACUAAGAGUCUGUCGAUGUCCCGCACGAGAAUCGUACAAAUCGACGAGCCCCGUGUUGAGAGCGAGAGGCCCGAUCCGAGGAAACCUUUCGUUUACAACGAAUACUCGUACAAACACGAGGAGACAAAAGUUAAAGACGUUCGAUCGAAACCGCUGAACGUACAGGCGAUGCCGAGCAUCAAUAUCAGGGGCGAGUUGAAAGAGCAGAAAGUUCUGCAGCUAGACAUUAUACCGGAGCAGAAGACAGAUACGGAAAAAUUGCCGACGCAGAGCAACGUUGCAGUCAUCGCAAUACAGCACGAACCGACCCCAGCAGUCGAGAAAACUAUAUCUAAAUAUCCGGAGAUACGAUACGUCCCCACCGCUUCCCCAAAACCCGCUUUCAGGAGAGUGUCCAAAAUGCUUACGUGCGAUAGCAGUGAAUCGACCGACAAUGUAACGUCUAAGACUAGGAUGAAAAGUAGAAAUCUAAUCAAAGCCCAUGUUAAAUCUAUCCCCAAAGCGUCGGCCCGAUUUGAGAAAUACAAGGAAAGCAAUAACAGAUCGAAAUUAGACAAGAAACAAAACAGCAACAUUGAUGACUGGAGAAGAAAGAUUAACACUAUUUAUGGCCGUCUAUCUACAUCGAGAAAUAUUUAUGCACGUUCACAACCAGCUUCCAGAGUUUCGACAAAAUCUGAUCCAGUGCCCACAUCAAGCAGGAACAAAUCCCAGACGUUGCUGAACAACGCAGAAUACAUCCCGUAUUCGAAACUCACAUUAGGUGGCGUCAAUGUAAGCGAUAUCGAGAGGGAAAUAUCCGACCUAACCGAUAAAAACGUUCCAUUGAGCCCCAUUCUAGACAAAAUUUUAAUAAGCCGCGAAAACUCCUUUCACGAUAGCGCACCUAAAAAAGAUAACGCCAAUAAAAAUAUUCUAACCACGUCUGAUGAAAAUCUGUUGGAGGAGGUGCUGGAUAUCGAGAGAAACAUCACCACGACACUGAACAAAAACUUAAAUGGUAAGGAUAAAGUAAUUUCGGCCGUCUCAAGCGAAAGUAACCAAAGCGGGAGGAGUUACGCCGACGAUUUCGAGGAGGAGAGAUCGGACAACGACAAAACGCAAUCAGACGAGGCACAUCCCAACCGUAAUGUGACGACAAAAGAUGGUACCGUCAUUCACAUCGAAUCUGGUAUAAAAGACGCCACAUACACGAAAUCCCCGAACCUAUCGUUCAAAAGCCGCGUGGACAUCUUCGAGUUCAUCCACUCGAUCAACACCCAGGACAACGCGACGCAGAGCAACUGCUCCGGCAAAAUAACGCCCAAAUCGACGCAGAGCAACUGCUCCGGCAAAAUAACGCCCAAAUCGACGCAGACCUCGCCCAGAAACGUGCCAAUACGGAACGACCUGUGGCUUGAGGCCCACGCGUCGACAAAUCCAACGAGUGACGUCGACAAAAUCAACGAGGAGUUCAUCAAGAAGCUUAUCAUUGACGAGUGCACCGGUAUCUUACAGAAGAAUAUCGCGAAGACCAAGGAAACCAGCGAGAAGAGAAACUCCACGGCCUCGCAGAAGAACACUCAAACGUCCCCCGCGCAUGUGAGAGGCGUGAUGACUUCGCCGACGAAGACCAAGACCAGGACGACGUCACCGUUGGGUCCCCUCACCGUCGACCACCAAACCAGCCCCGUGGCAUUUGCGCCGAGCGAAGAAACGCACAUCGCGCUGGGAACAGUCGACGACCUGGCAGCGUCGAUAAAUCUAUCGUCGCCGCGUUUCAGCUUACGCUUGCCGAAGGACUCGCGCGAUGUCAUAUCCAAUCUCGACGCCGCCACGUCGAGAGAUCGCAAACCAUUCAGGACCCCACUGCCCUUGAAAACGUUCACCAGCUCCAGUUCUGCCGACGCCGACUACUCUUCCGACGUCAGUAGCUUCGGCGAGAUAAACGACAGACUGAGGAGGCGGCCGAGGCGGAAUAAAAUACUAACAGUGUCCGAAUCGAGCACGUCUACUUCUAAAUGCAGUUCCGACUCCAGUGUAGUGCUACCGCUGAGGAGUGAAGGGGAAAUAAGUCUAGGUCAGGUCGACAGGAAAACCGGAUUCAGCAGGAGCGAAGGUGAAAUGAGUUUAGGGCUGCGU